AUGCCUUGUGCUGCUGCUGCGGCUGCUGUUGCUGCUGCUGCUGCUCGUCGGUGGAUGGCUGGCAGCAGCUGCAGCUACAGCAGCAGCAGCAGCAGCUACAGCAGAAGACGCAGUGAUAACGACAGCAGCAGCUGCAGCAGGCACGACGGCAGCAGCAGCAGCAGCUACAGUUACAGCAGCAACAGCAACCGCAGCAACAACCACGGCAGCAACAACAGCAGCAGCAGCAGCUGCUGCAGCAGCAGUUACCCAACAAGGAGUGAGACAUCUUUUGUAAAAGUGCAGGAGCAACAGCAGCGGCCGCACACAGCCCCGCGUGCAGCAGCAGCUGCUGCAGCUGAUCCUGCUGCUGCUGCUGCUGCUGCUGCAGGCCCAGAAGCCGCACGUACAACAAACUUUGCAGCGCAGCAUUUUCUACCUACAGCAGCAGAAGCAGCAGAAGCAACAGCAACAGCAGCAGCAGCAGGAUCACCAAAUUCAAAAGCAGAAGAACCCCUACCACCACCACCACCGCCACCAGCAGCAGCAGCAGCAGCAACAACAGCAGCAACAGCAGCAACAGCAGCAAAAUCGUUAGUUGGUUUGCUGCAUGAAGAAGACUUAGAAUUCAGUGGUCGGCCUCCACCUCCUUUCUGUGAUUUUCUUUGGGUGGUUGCAAAGGGGGGGAAAGGAGGAGCUCCUAAAGAGGGUGCAUUCAGGUCACGUGCACUUGGAAAGGGCCCCGGGUAUGGGGGUCACGGAGGCUCCGUCUUGCUGCGCUGCAGCAGCAGCAUCGAUUCACUCUUUCUGCUGCAGCAGCAAAUUGCUGCUGCAGCAGGACAAGACGGCAGCAAAACCAGCAGAGGGCUGCAUGCACGCGACACCAUCGUCAAGCUUCCUCCCGGAACGAUUGUGAGGAAAAGGAUAUUGACGGGGGAGAAGAGCAAAAGCGGCAGAUCCAUCAGGGCCUCUGUCUUCUGGCAGCAGCUGCUGGAGGAGGGCCAAUCGCUGCUGGUGGCUGCUGGCGGUCGCGGCGGCAUCGCCCCACCCAACUUUAAACAACAAAAUAAAAGAAGAGCUCCUGAGCCGGGAGAGAAGGUUCAUCUUGAAUUGGAAUUGCGAUUGGUGAAUGAUGUUGGAGUUGUUGGUGAAAACGCGGCUGGGAAGACUUCGCUGAUCUCAGCAUUGACAGACUAUCAGUCUCGCAUAGGGCCUCAAGGGUUUACAACCAGACGGCCUUUCCUCGCUUCGAUGGUUUGGAGUAACGGCGACCGAGCGGUGAUUUUGGAUGCCCCUGCUUUAUUCCCUGGGGCGCAUAAAGACAAAAGACUGGGGCUGCGCAUCUUAAGGCAUUACACCAGGUCUCGAGUUUUUUUGUAUGUCCUUGACCCCACCCAAACGGAGCAGCAGCAAGACCCGCGUUUGCUGCUGCAGCAGCAGCAGCAGCAGCGAAGCUUGCUGCAGCAGGAAGAGCAGCUUCUCCUCGAGCGCCAGCAGCAACAAAACAACUGCUGCACCAGCAGCGACGCAAACACCGAUGCAGACUUGCAGCAGCAGCAGCAGCAGCAAACGCAACAGCAACAGCAGCAAGAGCAGCAGCAGCAGCAACGACAGGAAGGAGAGCAAGAACAACAACAGCAGCAAAAGCAGCAGAACCAGCAGCAACACCAGCAACACCGGGAGCGGCAGAAGCAGCAGCAGCAGCAACAGCAGCAGCAGCAGCAGCAGCAACAGCUGCAGCAGCUGGAAGAAACGCGUCUUCUUCGGGUAGUUGUGACUAAGUGUGACGUCUUAGAGCGGCAGCCGCUGCUUGCUGCAGAUUCUCUUCACCACCGCAUGCAGCACUUCUUCCCUCAGAUACCCGUACUGGCGGCGUCGCCUCGUUUUGGUUUGGGUUGUGCUGCUGUUGCUGCUGAGGUGUACAGGCUGCUGCAGCAGCAGCGGCAGCAGCAGCAGCAGCAGCAGCUGGUGCCCCUGCGGCGUUCAACUGUUAAUCUCGAAGAAACCUCCCUCGCUCUAAACCCUAAACCCUAA